GAGGGCGCUAGAAAUUCAAGUUAGUGAAUAUACUUCCUGUCUCCGAAAGUCCGAGUUGACGUGUUCUGUUGACUUGCAAAUCGCGAGAAGGUCCGGGAUAAUUUCGUAUUGAUUUAAGUAUGUAAUAGCGGCCUGGUUCAAUAUUUACUCGAAUCACCUCAAUGCCGGUGGAUAAUAACGGGUUCAAGUCAUAUACACUUUCCCAUUUUAUCAUCUUGGCCUCUUCCAGUUUGGCCUGUCAGAUUGCGUGUGGGUCUUGCCUUAUCCGUUACGCAAAGUGUGUUUUCUAAUUGGCGUCACAUUUAAGGCGUUGGUGUCGUGGUAAGACGGUCUAGCAGAACAACUGUCCAUAUGUUGAAUAUCUUAAGGACCGUUGGAAGAUGCCUGUAUGGGAAUGUGUAUGUGUGGUGUAUGGUGACACUGCUACUAGCAGAUUUGGGUUGGGCGCUGGAUAACGUCUAUAUUCAUCAUAUAGCUGUCAACAUAGAAGGGGGGCACGAGGCCGCUGACAGAGUAGCAAGAUCAACAGGACUGAUUAAUAAAGGGCAGGUGGGAAGUGUCGCUGAUCACUAUUUGUUUGAGAUCCCCGGGCGUGCUCGGAGAUCUGCUAGUCACAGUGCUGAGCAUCAUGAAUCCCUGGCAGCCCAUCCACAGGUGCUGUGGUUCGAGCAGCAGAUCGAGAGGAAGAGGGUGAAGAGGGACCUCCAGCCUGCACCUCCGUUUCAUCUGAAUGACCCCAACUACAGCGACCAGUGGUACCUGCAUGGCGGGGCUGCUAAUGGAUUUGACAUGAAUGUCAUACCAGCAUGGAUGCGUGGUUACACGGGCAAGGGCGUCGUCAUCACGAUUCUGGACGAUGGGAUAGAGAGGAACCACGCUGAUCUCAUUGACAACUAUGAUCCCUACGCGAGCUAUGAUGUCAAUGGCCAUGAUAACGAUCCCAUGCCGAGAUAUGAUCCCACAAACGAGAACAGACAUGGCACGCGGUGUGCAGGGGAGGUGUCUGCAGCGGCCAACAACUCCAAGUGUGGAGUCGGUAUCGCCUACAGGUCCAGAAUUGGAGGUGUACGUAUGUUGGAUGGUGAGGUAUAUGAUGCUGUUGAGGCAACAUCACUGAGCUUCAACAACACUCACAUUGACAUCUACUCUGCCAGCUGGGGCCCGGAUGACGAUGGCCGAGUUGUUGACGGGCCUGGACCGCUCGCCAAGAAAGCAUUUAAAGAAGGCAUCGUAAAGGGCCGAGGUGGGAAAGGAUCAAUCUUUGUGUGGGCAUCCGGUAACGGUGGCAGUGCGCAAGACUCCUGUAACUGUGAUGGGUAUACCAACAGUAUCUACACCCUCUCCAUCAGCAGCACUUCUGAGAAGGGGACGAAGCCAUGGUACCUGGAGGAGUGCAGCUCCACCCUUGCCACCACCUACAGCAGUGGCGCCUACAACGAGAAGCAGAUCACAACGGUGGACCUCCAUGACCGGUGCACAAGUUCUCACACAGGAACUUCUGCCUCCGCACCCCUUGCAGCUGGGAUUGUAGCCCUAACUCUCGAGGCAAACCCUAGCUUGACGUGGAGGGACGUCCAGUAUAUCACGCUGAUGGCUGCCACACCAGAACCCUUUGUUGAUGGACAGUGGGUUGUCAACGCCUUGAAGAGGAAAGUGAGUCUGAGAUAUGGGUAUGGAUUGAUGGACGGAGACAAGAUGGUUGACCUUGCCCUUCAGUGGACCAACGUGCCGGAGCAGCACAUCUGUGAAGUUCACUCCGCGCAGCAGAAUGUAGCGUUAUCAGGUACAAAAGUAACAUUAAAAAUCCGAACAGAUGGAUGUGGUGGUACAAACAGGGAGGUGAGGUUCCUGGAGCACGUCCAGGCCAAAGUGUCGCUAAAUGCCCACCGUCGCGGUGACGUCAAAAUAUACCUCACCUCUCCCAGUGGGACGAGAUCCACACUUCUACCACGACGCCCAAAUGAUUCGAUGGGUGGAAACUUCAACAAUUGGCCGUUUCUGUCCGUCCACUUCUGGGGGGAGCGGUCAGAAGGGGAGUGGACGCUGGAGAUUGAGGAUGCUGGCAGCUAUGGGUCCGGGGGAGGCACUUUACAGCAGUGGUCUCUGAUCCUGCAUGGUACGGCAUCAGAUCCCGUCCACCUUCUCCCCGAGGGUUCUCAGGAGCCUGCUACAUCCACACCAGCACCAUCCACUCCAGCAUCAGACAAAGUGUCCACUCAGGCCCCAGGCACUGGACCCACCACACCGUAUGAGUGUGACCAGCAGUGCGCCAACAACUGCACUGGCCCCAGUCCCGCACAGUGCGUGCAGUGUGCUAACUUCAGGGUCAGCUCCACAGGCGAGUGUGUACAAGAGUGUCCACCAGUCGGCUUCUACAAGGAACUGAAGAUGUGUCAAAGCUGUCAUCAGUCAUGCAGUACCUGCCAAGGACCACUCUUGUCGGAUUGCAUCAAGUGUCGUGAUGGCCACUAUCUCUUGAUCACUUCAAAGGAGCAUGUGUGUGUUGAAGAAUGCUUUGACGGCUUCUAUAAAAAUAAUGGUCAAUGUCUGAGGUGCUCCAGGAUGUGCGAGAAAUGUUCCGAUCUCUCCAACAAGUGCACUGCCUGUGUGGCUGGGAAGGUAUUGUGGAAAGAGAAGUGUGUUGACAAGGGAGACCACCGCCUGAAAGGACAGCGGUCGUCACUCAACAUCUGGAUGCCUGACUCAAUACGUAGUGUUGUGGUGGUACUAGUGUCUAUAUGUGCAGGCUUGAUUGUACUCAUACUUGCUGUUGCUGGGUUCAUAUACGCCAAAACCAACCAGCGCCUAUGCUGGUCCUAUUAUAAUUACAACAAAUUACCUUCAAGUGAUAAGGAGUCCCUAAUUGGCCUAACAAGAGCAGAUUUAGAUAACGAAGAUGACAUGAGCUAGUUUCCUGUGAUACAUUAUUGUUGACUAUAAUAUAUCUGUGCAUAAUUCCAAGAAUGUCACCCGAUACAGCAGAGGCGCUUGCUUCCAUUUGCAGCAGUUUUUUACAUCUUCUGUUUAUUUUGUAUGACACGAUAAACCUCAGGCCUUCAUUUUGACACACCUUGUUUAUUACAUCGUGAAGGUUAGGUACAGAUGUCACAAAGCUGUUAGAAGAUAGACUUUUCCUUCUCUGAGAGGCUGAAGAUAUUAUUACCGUUGAAGUUCAGUUUUUUUAACAGUUUACAGUGGUGUAAGAUGGGAACACUUUAAAGUCUUUCUUCACCUCAUUGUUUCACUGGUGCAGCAUUACAAUACUGUGUCUAUUGAAAUUCCGGUCCUCCGGGCAGGGCCCACUCGCACAAAGCCAUCUUAGCAUUAAGAUUAUCUUAAGCAUAUGUAAACGUCUGGGAGUUAUGAUCAUCUUAGCGCUAAGAUUGCUUUGUGCAUGUGGGCCCUGAGCUGUCAGGGUGCUGGACAUAUAAGCCUGGCUCUGUGCAGCUGGACAUACACUGGGUACUGAAGCUGAGCCUCGUGUGUAUCCUGUCCUCAUCAGUAAUUCCCUGUGGGUAAAUGGAUAAACUGUCUCGUAUCACUAAGGGUUUAUGUUUAGUAUCAGAAUUCAUUUGAUCAUUAAAUCUUGAUUUUUGCAGCAAAAUAUAUCCUAUGUAUAUAACCAAGAAGGAUGUCUAAGCCAUUCUAACAGAGGUGGUUCAAUCUAGUUUAACAGACUGUUUGAAAUUAAGCUUGAUAAUGAUCAAAGGGACUUAACUAGCCACAAUCAUUUUUGGUCAAUGAGUUACAACAACCAUAAACCUCAUAAAUGCUUUUAAAAAAUAUGUUUCAGAGAACUUUUCUCUGGGCUUAUGUGUGAAGUAGAGUUAUCUCCCCUGUUGUAGUCCCAUCUUCAAUCACUGAAGGGAACUAAGAGCAGUAGGAGAUGUUGAAUCUAUUGAAUCAAAACAGAUCCUCUUGUCUCAGCGUUAGAUCAAACUUGUUUCUUUGUUUCUUGGAAUAUGUAUGUAUAUGUUACAAAUGGAAUAAUCAUUUUCUAUUUUUUUACAUCCCACAAACACUAAACUGAUGCACAAUAUAACAUAAAUCUAAAAGGUGAUAUAUGCUGGUUGCUAUAAAAAUGGCAUUCUUUAUUAGACAUGAGAUAAUGUUUUGUUUCUAUGGCUUUUCUGAUUUUCAUACAAUUUGUAAAUACUGUUGUGUACAUUGAUCAUAUCAAACCUUCCACCUCCAUAUCAAUCACUGUUGAUCUGCCGUGGCGCCAAGCUGCAGGCUGCAGGCUCCAGGCUCCAGGCUUUAUACGUAGCCUAAGAUGCUGGUAAUUCCUGACCUACCAUAGUAAUGUUAUGGCAUAGAUGGACUUCUCAUGACAGGACUGUAUUGUUAUAUCAAGGUGCGGGAGUCUUAUAGUUUUAACAACUGUAGCUUCUUAAAUUUGUUCUCUACACAAUACUGUCUUGGAGCACAACAGCAAAAUUCCCCAGUACCACAAAUAUCCCAUCAGCCGGUAAAGUGAUUACCAGUA